AUGAAUUAUUCCUAAUUAUAUUAUUUACUGUCAAUAGAUGCAGUAUUUAUUAUUCUUUUGAUUCUGAGUUAGUUUGAGUGUAUAAAAUAAUAGUUUAUAAAAUACCAAAGUAAUUAUUUUUAUUAUCUAGAGGGAAGAAAAUAAAGAAGGUCAUAGACAAAACCUUAGUUAUUUUCUCCAGGAGCCUCCUUUUUUCAUCAUCAUCAAACUUUGGAUCCAGAAGCAAAUAGUGAUGAAUAAAAAUAAGGAAGAAGAAAAUCAAGAGCAACUACAUUGAAAUUAUCAUAAUCAGCUAAUAACUAAAAUGAAUUAAACAAAAAUACAAACAUUAGAAAAUCAAUAAAAAAUCAUACUACUUUAACAAUAGUAUCUUAGAAUAGUUACUUACAGACCACUCCAGAAUCAAACAAGCACAGGAAUACAAUUAGAAAGCAUAGUUAAUUUGUUACCAAUUUAAUCACUCCUGAAACUGCAAGAAAAAAUUUUAACACUAAUCAAUCUGAUCAUGGAUCUAAACUUAAUGUUUAAAAAUAAGCAAACCAAUAAUUUGAUAAUAAAAAGAUGAAGCCCUUUCUUGUAAUAUAAUUUAUUAAAUUUAGCUCUACUUUCCAAUCAUAAAAGGUUUUAUACAACUAACACAUAGUUUGCCAACUAUAUUUAUUUAAUGUUGGGCUAGAUUAAUUUUUUAACUUAUCUAUGUUGAUUUAAUGACAUUUUAUGAAUUUGUUUUUAUUCCUGUAUUUUUUAUUGCUAACAGACUUAUUGAUAAAAUAAUUAGAAGAAUUGUAAGGAAUUAUUCUGAUAGAAUAAUUUAUGGAAUGACUGCAACAUAUAUGGUUCUUGCUAUUGGAACUCAAGUAGUUUAUGUAAUUUACAAUAAUAAUAAAGAUGAUUUUUGCAAAUUUUAAUUAUUUAUCAAUUGUGAUUAAUUUAAUUGAUAUUUUUGGAAUAGACAUUUUGAUUUAUUGCAUAUUCAGAUUGUAUAGGGUAACUGAGAAUAAAUAAGAAUAAGAUUUGGAUUAAGACUAAAUUUGA